AUGAACUCGCCACGCCACCGAACCCCGGUGCGUGUGCGUAAACUGGAGUUUCGUGACUUCGCAGCACCUGCCGCCAAGACGUUUGGAAAGACGGACCCCGGGAAGGUGAACACACAGCAGGAAUUCAAAAUUCAAAGUGUCGAGCUAAUCACUGAGCCCAGGAACGAUGUGACUGCGGGGACCAAUGUGACUCUUAGAUGCCAUGCCACAGUGAGCACGAGUACUGGCAAGGGGCUGAUUCGUGAGUACACCAUAUUGAAGAAUGACAAGAUAGUGUACACCAAGACCAUUGGCUCCUCUGAGGACUUCGUGUACCAGCUGCACAAUGCCAGAGUCUUCAGCACAGGCUUGUAUCAGUGCAAGCUAGACAUCCAAGGCGACACCAAGUUGAGCAAAGCGCAAAGACUCAACGUACAAGGACUCUCGCAGCCAGUUCUCCAUCUUAAGAUGAACGUUGUUAAUGAAGGGGAGGAGGUACGAGCCACCUGUAUAGCUCCGGGUGAGAUAGGGAGCUUCAUCUUCUUCUUCUUCGAUAAUGAUGAACAGAUAAGCAGGGUGGAAGGACUCUCCAACCAAGUAAAGACCGCUUUCAGGUUAAGCAGUGCUGGCAUCCACAAAAUUCACUGCUCCUACAAGAUCCGCACAGCAGAGGACACCUUCCCUUCAACAAAAAGCAACAACGUCACUGUUUCAGUCAAAGAGCUUUCUAUUACACCAGCACUGAAGAUUUCCCCUAACUCCACAAUCUAUGAAGGAGACCACCUCAACAUCUCGUGUAGUGCCCAAAACUUUCACUCCAGCUCUGAAGGUUACAAGCUAUUCCUGAGCCAGGGCACCAAGCUUCUCAGGACUGGCAACUCUACAAUAAACCACAACAUGGUUGCAGCACCAAAGGCCUCUGAAGCGCUUACAUUUGACUGCAGAGUGGAAGUGAGAAAUGUGGAGAAAUACACUGAGAAGAAGAUUUCAGUGUUUGAGCUCUUCUCAGUGCCCAGCCUCACCAUGUCUCCCACUGAAGUCUUUCAAGGGGAAAUUAUGACAUUGACCUGCAACAGUGAUCGUUUUGCCUCUCAAAGAAUCAACAGGGAGGAUUUGGACUACACUCUUUAUCCAUCUAAAAACUUACCAAGCUCUGGUAAACCUGGAGUAUUUAAUGUGAAGGCCCUGCAGAAUGAUUUCAACUACACCUGCUCAGCUGAAGCCAAAGGCAUCAAGAAAGAUAGCAAAACCCUGAUGAUUCGUCCUAAAGUUCACGUCUCUGCUCUAAAGAUUUCAAUUGAGGACAAGGUGAUCCUGAAAAAGAGCUUCACCAUCUUGUGUCAGUCGAAUGGCAGCCUGCCGAUAAACUACACCCUGUUUAAGAAUAACGUCCAAGUGGGCACAAAAGUCAUCCGAGAGCGAAAUCGACAAGCUGUCUUCAUGGAUGUCAUCAAAGAGCCUGGUGAAAUACAGUACAGGUGUGAGGCGAAGAAUAGUCUCCAUUCCAACAAAACUGGCUCCAGUCAACACCUCAGCGUGAAUGUCAUCGUGCCUUUGAGCCAAAUGACUCUGGCCGUCAUCCCUUCUUCACUAGAACUCUCAGAGGGAGAAGAACUCCAUUUCAUAUGUAGUGUUAAUGGCACAGGGCCAGUCACCUUUAAGUGGUACCGAACCGGCAGUGUAGUACCGUUGCAAACCAACACCACCACAGAGACCUACUCAAUCUUGGAGAUAAAACCAGUCUCCAAAAAUGACAGUGACGAGUACUACUGUGAGGCUUCCAACGGCGCCAACAAGGUCAGAAGUGAGCACGUAAAUGUACAAGUAGUCAUGGCACCGUGGAAAAAAGGGUUGAUUGUCGUGGCCUGUCUGCUGCUGCUGCUGUUAGUUCUGCUCUUGGUGGCGAGCAUGCUGAACAUCAAAUCUAAGAGAGACGCAGUGUCUUUCUAUGAUGGCAAGGAGGGGAGAGUGACCAAUGGGACGCGACAUAGCGUGGCGUCGGUACCUGCUGACAUCAGCAACAGGAGCAGCUACAGUAUCCCAGCCACAGUCGAUGAUGAGAUCAGCGAGGUGUCCAACGAGCCCAACGUGGAGUACACGGAGGUGGUGCACGCCCGGUCAACAGAUCCUGCCAGAGUUCCACUGAGAAAAGGCACAGACACAGUUUACAGUGAGCUCCAAAACUCUCCAAAUGGUGCUGCUGAUCCCCCCGACUAUGGUUCGGUAGAAUACGCUGAGCUCAACCGUGAACAAUUUGAGAUUAGUCAGUACGAUCCACAGGUCCACAGCUACCAGGACCUCCCUGAGCCGGUGGACUAAUAAGAUCACAGCUGUCUCUGCAGUCUUCUCGUACUGCUGUGCUGUUUUUGUUGAGCUUUUUUUUUUGUUGUUUUUUUAAUGAGCAUGCACGAGUAUGUAAAUAUCAGAAAUAUGUCUCUCUGUCACAUACAAAGAUACCAAUGUGAUGUAAAGGGAGUUCAGGUAAAAUGAGGUUAACUCUAAAAGAAAAAGAAACACACAAAUGCAUUGCAGUUAUGUGUACAGAUGCUACUUUUUGUUGUUGCAUCUGUUUGCUGUGUUCCCUCCUUUUUCUUAUUUUACUUUUUCAUUUUCAAAAAUGAGAAAGUGGAAUUUAAAACCAAAGAUUUAAGUUGUUCAUAUUAAAAAACAAACAAACCCACUUUACAGUUUUAGCAACAACUGUGUAACAACUGUCAUUAUGGCACUGCGCCACUAGGGGGUGUCUUUACACUGUUGUGGUAGUAGGGGAGACCCCUACACUGGACUGUCGCAUGCUGCUCUCUUCUCACCUGAUAUCAGGAAGACCUUGUAACGGGCAGGUGCAGACAUCUACCUGACCCCGGGAAAUGUAUGGCCAGAUUGUCUAGAGCCGUGGAGAACUUUCCGCUAUCGACUUCUUACUGUUAAUGCCAAAUAAAAGCCCGGUGUCCUACCUGCUUGACUGGACUUCCAUGCUGCACUCCCACUGGGCCUGCUAGCUGCUCCUCCCUCACCACACUGCUGUUACAUCUUCAAACACUGUUACUCUUACAUGUACAGUUUCAGUUCUUAAAAAUUCAUGCAUGCAUAAUCAUUAAAAGCAAUGUAUAUAUCCUU